AUGGUUUAAUAUCUGAACGAGUUUUCUAACUUUUGCAGAAAUGUUGGGCUCUUGGCUCAGAAAGAAUAAUUCAAGAUGUAAAAAAGCACUUUGGAAGAAACUCUUCUGAUGCAUUUGAUUACUCUAAACAGAGAAUAAAUGAUUGAAUUGUCUGCACGUAUUGUGAGGAUAUGGAACAAUAAUAAUGGAGAUCAAAAGUAAGAAUCUCCAUUGGAAAGUUAAUAAAGGAAGAUGUCAGUUAGUGAAAUACAUACAAAGUCUAGUUCUUAAUUAAAUCAUCUGUAUGAAUAGCAUAUACUGAAUGAGGAGAAUCAAAUAGUCAAACGAGAUUAGUAAAUCAAUCAUCUUAUGAAGGAGUGCACGUUUAAACCUUAAAUAACAAAGAAGAGUUAAAAAUUAGAGUUGAGUUCGCCUGCUCAUAUUAGAUUGAACAAUUAUGCCAUGGACUCUAAAAUUAAAUUACAAAUAGUUUAAGAACUUAAUUAGAAAUAGGAAUUAAAGGAUUGCACUUUUAAACCAUCUAUUAAUACCAAGUCAAUUGGUAACAACCAAUCGGUUGAAAAUCCCUUUGAUAGACUCUAUUAAAAUGCAUUGAGUUAAAGAAAUAAGACACCCAGGAACUUUGAGGAUUCAUCCUUUACUUAUCGUCCUUAAUUAAUCAGCACUCCGAUGAGAUUGCAAUAAUAGGAAGGUAUCUCAGUAGAGGAGAGACUUUAUAAUCAUCACUUCGAGAAAAUGAAUAAUAUGGUUUUGAAAUAAGAAGAACUUUAAUAAAUUGAAUUAGAUUAAUGCACAUUUGCACCUGCUAUAAACCAAUAAAGUAAUUGCAGACAAAAUGAGAAAGUGUUUGAAAGACUCUAUAAUCACAGCAGUGUGAAAUCUGUUUCAGAAGUAAAAGAUAAUUCAAUAUCACAUAUGAAUAAGAAAUCCGAAUCGUUAAUUAAGAAACCAUAAUCGGAUAACAAUUCAUAUGUGACUUAAUUUUAAUUAGAAUCCAAUCCAUUCGAUCGAUUGUAUUAAGAACAUCAACGACAAGAGAAAAAAAAGAAAUCGAAUUAAAUCUAAUAUUAUUAAUCUAUCCCUUUUAAACCAAUACUAAGUAAGAAAUUAUCAUUGUAAUGA